AAUAUUUUAAUAAUUUUUUUUUGGAAAAUGUGUGAACCUCUGCAUGCAUGCAGAUGCUCUAACAUUUAGGGAUCAUCAUCUCAAAAGUCAAGUCAAACAAUAGAGACUUUUUUUUAAAGAAAAGUCAAACAGUAGAGACUUCACUUCAUUUUGGUCUCCCUUGUCUCUUUCGUUGUCCGGCCCCACCACUGGUAUGGUAUGUCACAGUAACACAGUACUUCACUUCAUCAUCCGGCCCCUCCACAUAAAGACACCAUGGUGAAGUAGGUAAUAUUCUUAUGCUUAGAUAUAAAGAUCUCCACCUACUUCUUAUAAGAAGCCUCUGCUUCAUUGCAAAUUUGUAAUCGGUUAAAGAUAGCAAUUAGAGUUAUUUAACUUUGAAUUAAUUACUCAUAGUAUCUAAAUGUCAUAUAUUCAAUAAUGGAAAUUAGACUAUAUAACCUUUGAAAAAAAAUUAUAAUUCACUAAAUAACCAAAAUCUUACACUCUCUCUUUCUUUCUCUUUUUAUCUCCCUCUACAAAUCUAAUUUCAAUUUUUGUUUUGGUUAUUUGGUAAAUAAACCCAAAAACCAACUCGUAAAGUAACACUAGAAUCUUUUAAUUAAUAGAAAAAUAUCAAAUAAUAAGAAAAACUUCAUUGCUAGUUUCUAAUUAACAAAGUAUCUAGAUAAUAAUAAAAAUAGAAAAAUAGAAAAAUUGGAGAAAAGUGAUGAAAAAUACAAAGAGAAAGAAAUGAAUUUUCAUUUGAGAAAUUUUACAAUAUGUGUAAACCUAUGAUAGUUUAUUUUUAAAAAAUAUUUAAAAUUUAACUAGUGAUAAAAUUAUACUCCUUCCGUAUCAGUUUAACUGGUGUUUAAGGAUUUUGAUUUUGUUUCAAAAUAAGUGAUGUUUUCACAAUUCUAUGUAAAAUUUAAUGUCAUUUGAAAUUUUUGACCAAUUAUAAAAUACUACAUCUUUUUUAUUGGUUGAAUUAAUUUUAUUUAAUGUUAUUUUAUGUAACCAAAAAUAAUUACAUAAAAGUUUAUAUUUUUUUAAUAUAUGUGCAAAAACCUUAAACAUCUUUUAAAAUGAUACAGAGGGAGUAGUAUUGAUGAACUAGUAAAUUUACUUAUGAGAUAUUUGGUAGGUCUCUUACCAACGGACAAGCUCUAAUAGAGAACGUGUUUACCUUUGAGAUAUUUGGUAGGUCUCUUACCAGGAGACAUAUCUAUGAAUAUUUAUGGUAACACCAACGUCUUGGUCUUUGAGGUCCUACAAAACUAAAUGACAGAAACGAAGACGUUAGGAUACUAAAUGAGUUGGUACAUUGACUUGGCCUAUAAUUUUGGGUCAAUGAAAACCAAGUGAACAUCUCAAGACUGGAGGUUGGAGGAAACUCAUAGAGAAAUAAAUUUAGAGAGAAAGAGAGAGGGGAGAAGAUGAAGAAGGUGCAGCAUCUGAUCUUGGUGGCUACUUUCUUCUACCUUGCAUAUACGGAGCUGGUCAAUGGGCAACCUCGCAAGGACUGCCAAACUAGUUGUGGCAACGUCACAAUUGAGUACCCUUUUGGCACUUCUCCAGGUUGUUACUAUGCCGACGAUCCUAGUUUCAAUAUCACCUGUAACGAGAGAGAAGAGUUGAUCUUUGGUGGUAACAAAGUAAUCAACAUUUCUCACACGGAGCUACGCGUCUGGAAUGAUAUUUCCUACGCUUGCUACGAUAGCGAAGGAAAUGUGACUGAAGGGGUUUCCUACAGUUACUCGCUUGCUAACUUAUCUCUCUCCCGCAACAACAAGUUUACUUUAGUUGGCUGUAACGCUUUUGCACUUCUGAGCACUACUGGAGCGCGAGAUUACUCAACUGGAUGCUUGUCAGCAUGUGACUCUCCACCGGCGGGAAAUGGGGACUGUAAUGGUGAAGGUUGCUGCAGGACCGAUGUCUAUGUCCCUUUGGAUAGCAUUGGAUUCGAAACUCGCCCAUCUAGCUAUGGGAACAUGACUGUUACGCAUGACUUUAAUCCUUGCAUAUACGCCUUUCUAGCCGAAAAUGGUACUUUUCACUUUAAUGCUUCGGAAGAUCUUAAGAACCUAAGAAAUGUCAAAGAGUUCCCUGUGUUACUGGAUUGGUCUAUUGGAAACCAGACAUGCGAUCAAGUUGGAAACAGAAGCAUAUGCGGUAUGAAUAACAGCAUAUGUGUCAAUUCUACUCGUGGAACCGGGUAUAACUGCAAAUGUUUAGAAGGUUUUGAGGGGAAUCCUUACCUUUCUAAUGAAAAGGGUUGCCAAGACAUCAAUGAAUGUAUUAGUACUAUCCAUAAACAUAACUGCUCGGAUCCCAGAACCUGUAGAAACAAGGAUGGAGGCUUCGAUUGUAAGUGCCGGUCUGGUUACCGCUUAGAUACUACCACUAUGAGUUGCAAGCGUAAAGACUUUGGAUGGGCUACCAUUCUUCUUGGAACAACCAUUGGCUUCUUGUCCAUCCUGCUUCUCAUUACCUGUGUACAACAGAGAAUGAAGCGCCGGAAGACAGCUGAGCUCCGACAAAAAUUCUUCGAACAAAAUGGUGGCGGCAUGUUAAUACAAAGACUCUCAGGACCAGGGACACCAAAUGCUAAUGUAAAAAUCUUUACCGAAGAAGGCAUGAAGACAUCAACCAAUGGCUAUGACCAGAGCAGAAUCCUGGGCCAGGGAGGACAAGGAACUGUCUACAAAGGGAUAUUACCAGACAACUCCAUAGUUGCUAUAAAGAAGGCUCGACUCGGAGACAAUAGCCAAGUAGAGCAGUUCAUCAACGAAGUGCUUGUGCUUUCACAAAUCAACCAUAGAAACGUUGUCAAACUCCUGGGCUGUUGUCUAGAGACGGAAGUUCCCUUGCUGGUCUAUGAGUUCAUUAACAGUGGCACCCUUUUCGAUCACUUGCAUGGUUCCUUGUUUGGUCCUUCCCUUACAUGGGAACAACGCCUGAGAAUAGCAGUGGAAAUUGGUGGAACUCUUGCUUAUCUUCACUCAUCUGCUUCUAUUCCAAUCAUCCACCGAGACGUCAAGACUGCUAACAUUCUCCUGGAUGAGAACUUAACUGCAAAGGUAGCUGACUUUGGUGCUUCAAGACUUAUACCGAUGGAUAAAGAGCAGCUCACAACAAUGGUGCAAGGUACUAUAGGCUACUUAGACCCAGAAUACUACCAUACAGGACUGCUAAACGAAAAGAGUGAUGUUUAUAGCUUUGGGGUAGUUGUCAUGGAACUUCUCACUGGCCAAAAGGCAUUGUGCUUUGAAAGGCCACAACAGUCAAAACAUCUGGUUAAUUACAUUGCUUCUGCCAUGAAAGAGAACAGGUUGCACGAGGUUAUUGACGAGAAAGUAAUCAACGAGAAGAACUGGAAGGAGAUAGAGGAAGCUGUCAGAGUUGCUAUGGAGUGUACAAGAGUGACGGGAGAGGAAAGGCCACUGAUGAAGGAAGUAGCUGCGAAGCUUGAGGGCUUGACAGUCACAAAAGCCAAACAUCAGUGGUCGGAUCAGUAUCCGGGGGAGGUGACUGAGAACUUGGUCGGCGUUGGAAUCUUAUCAGAGCAAGGAGAUACAAGUAGCACUGGCUAUGACAGCAUCAAGAAUGUAGCAAGCAUGCACGUUGCAGCUGGUCGCUGAUAUCUAUUACUCAAGCCCUUGUCACAAUCACGUUCAAGUCUUUUUUUUCAAUGAAAAAAUAAUAUCAUUUCUGUAUAUCUUCUCACCUCUUUUGUCCACCUAAACAGUUAAAAACCAAAGUAUCAAGACAAUAAUGAAAACAUGUAUGCAUUGAGAUAUUCUUCGACCAUCAGUACUUAUUUACAGUGUCUAAGUUUAGAUUCCAAUAAACUCAACUCCUGGACU